AUGGAUGCUUGUAACAUUAUCAGCGUGGUGGAACUUGGGACAGGUCAUUGUUUCGCUCUUGGCUUGGGUCUUUUGGCACAUUUUGCGUGCCCCUCGUCCGAGGCCCCUUGCCGGAUGCAAGACAACAUGGGCUGGCGCUAUCUUAUGAUCACCCUUGGCGGAAUCGCUAUUGCUUUUGGUUUGAUUCGAAUUCUUCUCUUCAAGAUUCCCGAAUCGCCCCGCUUUCUCAUCUCUAAAGGUAGAGAUGCCGAGGCAGUCGAGGCCGUAAACUACAUUGCGAGAUACAACGGUCGCCCAGAGACCUUGACUCUCGAUAUGCUCCAGGAAGUCGACAGACGCUGCAAUGGUGUAUCGGAAACGGACGCCACUAUGCCUGUUGACCCCGAUGUGGUACCCACCACAUCCAAGUUGUCCUACAUGGAAAUCUUGAAGGAAAGCUUCCAGGACUACAAUGCUGACAACUACAAAAAGCUCUUUGCUGGCAGAAAGAUGGCUCAGCACACAUCAGUUACCUUUCUCAUCUGGCUUACCGUGGGCGUUGCUUAUCCGUUAUACUUCGCUUUCAUCCCCUCGUACCUCGAAACCAAGGCUACGUAUUCAACGAACACGUCUUUGGACCACACCUACAUGGUAUACUGUAUCGUUUCUUCUGCGGGAGUCGUUGGACCCAUUGCUGCUGGCUUCCUCGUGGAAACACGAUUUGGCCGCCGGUGGAUGAUGGCUGCAUCCGCCGUCCUCACCGGAGCUUUCCUCUUUGCUUACACAAGUGUGGGCACUGAAGCUGCAGAUAUUGGGUUCCAAUGUGCGACCGCAAUUUUGGGAAACUUUGAAUAUGCCGUGAUGUACGCAUUUACGCCUGAAUCAUUCCCGGGCCCGGUCCGUGGAACUGGAACGGGCAUUGCUUCUACGCUUCUCCGAAUAGGUGGUCUCGUAGCAUCAUUCGUCUCUACCUAUGCUGGAUACACGGUCGUGCCAAUAUACGCCAGUGCGGCACUGUGGGUCUUAGUGGGCGCGUUUUGCUUUGGAUUGCCGUACGAGACGCAUGGGCGUGCCUCACUUUAA